AGAAGAGAAUUUGUUUAGUUUGUCCAAUCUAGUUUUCAGCACAGAUUCAAGGAAGAAACAAAUAAAAGACCUAGUAUCAGAGUACACUAGGAGUAAGGACUACAGGAUGACCAUGGUUGAGGCUCUUGUCUCUACGAACAGGGUUUCCAAAGCAGUUCUGCAUGAACGGGGACGAGUUCGAAGUAAGGCAGAGUUUCAGAGAGCUCUUGAGAAGAUCAGAUCCCUGAGAACCCUGAUCAUGGACGGACUCAAGGUGCUCAACAUACAGGUGGAGGAGCACAUGAUCGACUCCAAGUUUAACUCUGACCAAGGAGAGAACACGGUUGAUUUAGUUCAUCAGAUACCUGGAGAUGAGGAUGGAGCACACCCUGGAGAUUAUCAGAAACCUGGAGAAGAAGACGGUGGACACUCUGAACUCAAUUUUCAACUCCGGGUUAAGGGUUCAGGUCAGGAGGAACAUCAAGAUCAAGAUUGUCCGGAAAAGUCUGAUGAUAGUUCUGUGUUGAAGGUACAAGAUAUUCCUGGUUCUCCAGAUCUCAGCUCUGACAGCGGGUUCAGAACAAUCCCCGAGGAAGAAAACCCAGGUCUAAACGAGAAGAAAAGAGAAACAGUAAAAUCUGAAUUAAAAAACAGUGUUGUAAAACAAGAUCACGUUAAGAAUGGAAUUGAAGAUGACAGGGGAAAAAACGAGUUCACGAAAGAAGAGGAUUUUGAAGAUUUUGAGGAUUAUUACGAGGAUUACGAGGAUAUCUAUGAGGAUGAGGAUGGAGAUGAUGACUGCGAAAGUAAAAUUAUUCAGGCUUCAAUUAAAAACUCUUCUCUACUAGAACUAGAGCUAUAUUUUAGCCAACCCAAAAGGUGGGAGAUAUUUGAUAUAGCUGAGCAGGAUGAGACGGAAACAGGUUCUCUCGAAUCAUCAUCUCCUCUUCUUCUAACUCUAGACUCUCCAGGAAGAUUUGAAGACUUGUUAAAAGACACUCAAUCCGAGGUGUCCACUGUGCACUCUCAGGUGUCCACUGUUCACUCUCAGGUGUCUGCCAUCCGUCCUCAGGUGUCUGAUACAUGUUCUGAGGUGUCUACUGAUGAUCAAAUUAAUAACCUAGAACCUGUGGCAAAACUAUUUAGGAAAAAAGUGAACUCAGGAUGUAACCUAAACCUUACUCUGAGUACUUAUCCCACCAUUGAUGACGAAAUUACUCCAAGUGCCAAUAUAUUCAUGAACAAAGAUAGAUUUGAUCCUUUAAAACAUAUUCCUAAACUUACUACAAACAAAUUGUUGGAUGAGUUUUUUGUUGGAUUUAAAGAAGAAACAUUAAAAGAGCUGAAUCAGACUUUUACAUCCUUAGUAAAAACCCCGAAUAGGAAACUCAGACCAAAGAAGUUAACUGCAGGAAGAGAGCUUAUUAUAAGAGAAGUAAAGAUGGUGUAUGCUAGUUCAAAACAUACAAACUAUUCAACUCUAUGGACGGAUAUGGUUUUUAGGCUUAUAGGUAUCCGACCUAGUGAGGUUAAUCUACUAAACCUAUGGUUGGAUGAGGAGGAUUGUAUCCUGGAGCAGGUUCGAACCUGUCGGAGGGAUCUCUCCAGGGAGGAGGUUAGACUCCGGAGGCGGGUAAGUAAGGUGGUGGAGUGGUUGAAGGAGAAGGGGAGGCAGGAGGAGGAGUGGAGGGAGGAGAGAGAAGAGCAGAUUAUAUUGUGUAAAAGACUGAAACAAGAACUUUGUGUACAAAAGGAGUUUAAACAUAUCAAGGAUAUUGAGAAUGAAAGAUUGGAUAAAGUGAAGGCAGAAAGAGAACGGCGGAGACAGAUACGCCGUAGAAAAGAACUCCGCCGGAUACAAGAUGAAAGAAGAGACGCUGUGAGAAGAUGGAGACGGAACCGAAUUGAGGUUCAGAAUCUCGCAAAACUCCAGCUGGAGGACGAGGUAAGAGCCCUCCUCAGGUCCAAGGUGCUCAAGGAGAAGGAGCGAGACGUGCGAAUUAAGUUCAGGAGGCAGGAGAUGAACAGGAAGGAGGAGGAGAGGAACCAGGAGGUGAGGGAGAAGGAGAUGGAGGUGCUGGAGAGAGAAGUCAGGUUGGAGAGAUUAAGGCGGAUUGCUCGGAGAAGAUUAGGAGUUCAUAUCAUGCCAGUCAUCAGGGAUAGGUUUACUUUCUCAACCAAGUCCUCUGAUGCUAAGCUACCCAAUGAGAAUGAAGAACCAGAAGUUCCUCUCCUUGCUCCCCUAUUCCCACAACCAAGCUGGGACGAAGAUCAACUAAGACAAGAUCUCAGGUUAACCUUGGAGUCCGAACUACGGAGUAGAGGUCUCCUCAACAACAAAUAUGCAGUACAGAAAAUACUGGAGAUGCCAGGGCCCGGUCAGGAGCGCAGAGAUACAAAGUCGUCUUUUACUAUCGGGGGAAAUCCAACAAAAGAAGGAGAUGUAAAUUCUAGAUUUAAUCAAAAAGUACGGUUUAAUGAUCAGUACAGAGUAAAAUAA